CCCCCCAAGAGGAUCAUAAAAGUCCGGAUACAACGUUUUGUGAUGAAAUUGCUGCCGUUCCCUAAUUUGCUUAAUAUACUCCAUCUGCCACCUUUCGCUCACUUUUCUCGUUUGCCUUUCCCUCCUCCUCCUCCCCUCCCGUAAUAAGCCUCCGCCAACCCACUGUUCAUCAAAAACAGCUUAUUCCGUCUUCGACAAACCUAAUUCCUCUCGGUUCGUCCAGUCACUCGCUACAGUCUUCAAGACUCUAUACAUUCGUUGGAACCACCAUACAACCGUCGUUCUCGAUAACCUCAAAUACAAACCCCGUAAUAAUCGACUUUACCGUCAACACUUCCACACAUUCAAAAUGAAGUUCUUCUACCCUCUCGCUCUGGCCCUCGCCGCCGUCGUUGCCGCUGCCGAUGAUGACUGCGACGCCGCUCCCAUCGUCGAGGCCUGCCUCACCAGCGAGAACGCAAAGGUCAAGGACUGCAACUCCACCGACUACGACUGCCUCUGCGCCGCCUACCAGGCCGUCGCCACCUGCUACAACAACUGCCCCAAGGACUCCCGCGCCUCACCCGCCCAGAACCAGGUGACCAUCUUCUGCCAGCAGGCCUCCCUCAACGGCUCCGCCGCCAUGCGCAAGACGCAGUCCGUCGUCUCGGCCACCGGCUCCGCCACCGGUGCCGUUGCCUCCGCUUCGGCCUCUGCCACCGCCGCCACGGGCACCAGCGCCUCUGGCAGCUCCGCUUCCUCCACUGCCUCAGCCAGCUCCAGCUCCAGCACCGCCAACAUGGGUGUUGGCCAGCUCGCCCGCAACACCGGCGGGGUUCUCCUCGCUGUUGCUGGUGUCGUUGCCGCUGUCCUCUAAACGAAUGAAAAAUCUUUUCAAGAUAACGCACAUAAUCUUCCUCCUAAACCAUCUUAGGGAAGGGGGGAACCAAGAUACCAAACAUCAUGUCAUUUAAAGCGAUUAUGUUUACGGUGCUCAAGAGAUUUCAGCAUGUUCCUUUUACGCAAAGACUACAGGACAGGACCUGAUUUGACGGAGCAUAUUGGCACCCAAGCGAGAAUUCGGGCCAAGGAAAGGGGGGAACGGCGAAAGAAAACCAACCACUUUUGUAUAUGCUUAAUCUUUGUAAUUACCUAAUUCCAGCCAACCUUCAUGAAGUUCACUUUUCAUGGAUGAGAGAGAAACAGGUCGACAAGAAAGAAAGAGAGACAGCAUGUGCUAAAA